CCGUCAUCUGUUCGGCCUGGAAAUUGGCCAAUAAACUUCUUCAUAUCCACUGUCUAAGACACCGUAUGUGCACCCGGUCACUUAUUAUUGUCACUACGCGGUAUCAACAAUGCGUCGCUUCGAACGGAUCUAUGAUGCGGUGGAGCCCGUUGAAGAGUACCGCCCGGGGGGGUAUCAUCCAGUGCACCUUGGUGACGUGUUUCAUCAGAGAUAUGAAAUCACUGGAAAACUAGCCUUUGGCCAAUACUCCACAGUAUGGCUUGCAAAGGACCGGCAAUUGGAGUCGCGACAGGUCGUGUUGAAAAUUUCAAAGUCAGAAGCGUCCCAAAACAACAGCGAGCUCUCUUUCCUUCUUACCCUGUCAUGUUCUGACACGGCCCACCCUGGAAGGAGACAUGUUAUUGAGAUACUCGAUCAUUUUUCUCACACGGGUCCGAAUGGAACUCACUUGUGUCUUGUUUUCCCAGCGAUGAUAUCCGAUGGGGAGGCAAUGACAAUCAGUGGGAAACCGCGAGAAGCAGGAUAUAUUCGGGCUGUUUCUCGUCAGAUUCUGCUGGGCCUUGACUUUCUUCAUCAGUCAGGUAUCGUUCAUUGUGAUCUGCAACCAGCAAACAUCCUGUUUUCGGUAGCUGGGCUCACGAAUAUGGACGAGCUGUUACAGCCUCCCGAGUUCAGCCCUGUCAAAUGGUUACCAGGUGUGGUUGAAGACCACAGCGCCCCCAGAUAUCUAAUGCCUACGCAAAGGCGCCGAGGCCAGUUGAAUAAUGCAGAUUUCUCGACAAUCCAGGUUAGGAUCGGUGAUCUGGGAGGAGCUCAAUAUAUUCGCCACUGUGACCAGCAACCAGUAACACUUCUGGCCUUGCGUGCACCUGAGUUGAUAAGACAAUAUAUCAAUGGCACUAGUAUAGAUAGAGCCAUAGACAUUUGGACCCUGGGUUGUUUGCUAUUUGAACUUGCAACAAAUGAGCCCCUGUUCCCUCUGGAUACGUUUCGUCUUACGCGCAAGGAGAUAGAAAAUGACCAUUGUUCUCUCAUCAACCAAAGACUGAGUUCAAACAGCCAGGGUGAUGAGAACUUCAUGAGAUACCUGAGUGACAGGCUACCGAUUAGCUUUGGUGCUAAGAAUGUGAAGACUCUGGCAUCAUUCCUUUCCCAUAUGUUACAAGUAAGCCCUCGCGACCGACUGUCGGCAAGCGACUUACUUCAGACACCGUUCCUAUUAUCUGAAUUCCAGCAUUAAUAUGUUUGUCACUUGCGCAAGGAAGAUCCAAUUCAAUUUUAGAAGAACCCACGCUGGCUUUUCUUUUAUUCGAGUGCUUUUGAUGACAGGCCUCCCUAACGGAGAGUCUGGCUAAACUUGAUGAACGCAUGAAGGGUCAACCCCCUCUUACAAUACGCUGGGGACAUCUGGUGAUAUUGAUCACAAUGGAAUU